AUGCCUCGACCUGCGGCAGCCAAGUGCCCACGGCCUUCCUGCGAUGUGGAACGAGUGCACCUUGAAUGGAAAGAUACCCCUGCGGUGAGGAUCAAGAUUUACCGCAACAAGAUGAGUUUGGUGUGUCAGAAAGACAAGAUCAAGCUUGAUGCCUGGACCUGCAACAGCAUGUUGAGCUUCAUCAAGAUGAAGACUCACAAAAACUUGGGUUCUGCGGAUCGUGACUUCUUGAAGCUCCAGCGGAUUCUUGAUCCAGAGAUUCAGCCUCGCCAUCGACAUGGUGUACCUUCAGAAGCCAGUGAUGAUGCUGAUGAAGAUGGACUUGAGUUGCCUAUGGGGGAGGAUGGACAUACCCUGGGGCCUGAAGACCUGGUGGUUUUUAACUCCGAUGACCAAGAGUCAGAAAGUGAGGAUGACUCAUGGUUUGACCAGAUGAUUGAGAAGAACCUCAAUGGUUUCCCAGACAGCCUUGAGGAUUCCCAACCUGCCACGGAUUCCCAAGUAGAACUGCCCACGGAUUCUCAACUCCCGAUGGAUUCCCAAGUUUUGCAGUUUCAUGAGGAUGUUGAUUGGCUUGGAGCUCCCACUUCACCUCCAAAGGAUGUUGACCAAGAGGUUGUUCGCCCUGUUGCACGCCCACUCAAGAUUUCUGAAGAGAAGCUGUUGGCUAACUAUGGUGAUGAUCAGAAAACCCCGGAGAAACCUUCGUCGAUGGACCCAGUUGUUGUUGCAGACUCCCCAGCAUCUGUGCCAGCAACCCCGGUUGACAGCAAGGCAAACAAGGCACAGCGCAUUGCUUUCUUGAAAGCACAGCUUGCGGCUUUGGAGGAUGACUCGGACAGGUGUGCAAAGAAAGAGGUGGUGCCUGCGGAGUCAAGCACUGACAAGAAGCAGGUUUGGCUGGUUUCGGAUUCCCUUCCACUUGCUGGUGAUUGUGACCAAACGUUGCCCAUGCACUUGGACAGUGAUGAGAUCCCUAGCUCUGUGGGUGUUCUACUAGAGCGUGAAGAAUCCCAAAUGAAAACGGGUGGUUCAAAGGAUCUUACACCACAUGAACAUGAAACUGCGGGUGGUCAGGUUCUGACACGACGGCCGCAGCUUAGGGUUGCAGCAGAGGAGAAAGCUGACAAGUUGGCUGAAAAGGAAGGCAAGAAGCAACCAGCUCCCAAGGUUGAUGAGCAGAAGGUAUCACAAAAGAGACCUAUGCAUACCCCAGAGCGCCGAAAGCUUUUCAAGGAUGAUGAUGAUAUGGUUGUGACCCCAGCAAAGGCCACGGAUGGAUCUGUUCCCUCCCCACCGGUCAAGCAAGAUCGCAAAAGGCCCAAGCGGGCUGCAGUCAAGUCAAAAGCCAAGGAACCCAAAGCCCGACGCUCCACUGAGAACCCGAAAUUCCCGGCCAAGGAACUUGCAAAGACUUCACAGCAUGAGAAGAAGGGUGACAAGAAUGGCAAGGACACGGACAAGGAGGGUGGCAAGGAGGGCGACCAGGAGGGUGACAAGGAGAUCAAACCUGUUCGACCCCCAUCCCAAAAGUUGCAGAAGUGGGCCCAUGAACAUUUGGUUGAAGCCAAACAAGAUUCCUCAGCCUGGUUUUUUGUGAUCAAACUUUUCGAGGGCACCAAAGUUGCAGAGCGAAGCUGUGACACCAAAAUGAUGACCCAUUUCAGCUUCAGCAUGUACUGGCGUACCCGUCGUGUGGGGCUACUUCAGAAACAGGUCGACUACAUGGGAGGAGACAAAGGGACAAAGUGCAAAGAGGCGGAGUCUGACGAAGUUACUGCCUUCAAAGACGCACUGAAGGAUCUUGUGCCCAAUGUCUUUACACCCCUGGGGGAGGACAACUUUUUACCACUCUUAGGUGCCCAAGCGAUGGUCAAGCGCAAAGCCUGGCAAGCCCGACUGGCCAUGGAAGCAGAACUUGCCCGCUUGCUGGCUGAGGAGAACUCAAUGGAGGAGGACAAGGUCGCUCCUGGUGAGACUGGCUCAACCGUUGAGGAUGUGGAUCGUGUUAAACUUGCGGCAGCCCUGCAGCAAAUUGAGUUGUUGAAGGGUGGACAGGGGACCCCAUCAACAGCUGGGACGAAGGGAACACCAUCUUCAGCUGCCAAAGGGUCCACACCUCCGCCUGCUACCUCCAAAAGCAGUGCAACCCCGCCCAGUGGAGUGGCCAAGGCCAAAGCAAAGGCGGAUGGUGAGGUCCAGCUGCAGGAUGACUGGAUCCAACCAACCCGUGAGACUGAACCAGAGGAUGGGGGUAAGGUGCAGGCCCCUGCAGAGGGAGUGGAGUCCCGUUCGGAAGAGAACCUCUAUAGCACUGGAAAGGGGAUUACUGCGGAUCUCAAAGGGAAGAUGCGUGUGGCCAUGCAAAAGGCUCUGGAGAAGAACUUGAAGAAGAAGAAGCGUGAUGCUGACAACACUGUCGCAUGUCGCGAUGCCAUUCGCCAGGCACGAGUGACCCGGGUGAAAUCCAAAGGAUUAGACAAAAUGAGACGGGUGAACCUAAACCGAAGUGAAUCUGGAGUGCACCAUGUAUUCAAAACGUUCGGCCAGUCGAUCGAUGUGAAGAUAUCGAAAACUGACUUGCCAAACAAAGGUGGUUACCCAUAUGUCAAAUUCAGAGAUUGGCUUCGAUACCUGAUCGAGUAUGACAACCUUGAGAACAUAGUGGGUGUGCGGGAUCUCGAGGACAUGAAAAAGAUCCUGACCACCUUUUGGGGCCGGUUUGAAAAGCUUCACCCUGAUCAUGUCAUUUGUGGUCGGCCUGAUGGUGUUGAUGGUUUCCAAAGGUGCAUGACCAUACCAGUUCUUUACCAUGGAGACGAGGGGAGGGGCCUGAAGAAAAAACAGCUGAUGGUACUCAGCACACACGGAGUCAUUGGAAAAGGAACCAAGGCUUCACAAGUUAGCCACACCAAAGAGGAGUUGGCAGACCCUUUGGGGCCCCUUCGUCUCAACCUCAUUGGUAACACCAAUUGCAACCAUUUUUUGCAAUGUGUCAUGGGGAUCAACAUGUACAAUGAUUGUCCAGAAGCAUUUGAACAUAUGCUGAAUUUGCAAGCGACAGAGUUUGCUGAGCUUUUUUGGAAAGGUGAGGAGAUCAAAGGUGAUCGCUACUACAUCUGUUGUAUUGGAAUCAAGGGAGACAGCCCGUUUCUGGGGAAAAGCGGGAACUUUGAACGGAGUUUUACACGCCGUCCCCGUGCACCUUCCAGUCGCACACCAGCAGUUGGAAUAUGUCACCGUUGUGUUGCAGGGAAGGAAGACUAUGCUCCUGAUGGUAUCCAAGUUGAUGUACCUUUUGAGGAACUGGGUGUAGAAUUUCCAAUUUGGAGACGCACAGUUGGAUGUGUACGCCCCUACACCAACCCGAGCCCAUUGCUCAAAAUACCAUUUGAAAAUUCGGGUGAUCAAACUGACAUGUGGAAGUUCGACUUGUUCCACAAUUUCCAUUCUGGUGUUGGGAAAUAUUUUGCAUCCUCAGCAGUGAUCACAUGCCUUGAACUGGUGGAAGCUUCCAUUGAGGAGUCCUUUCGCAUGAUUACCAUGGACUUCCAAGAUUACUGCUCCAAAAACAAGGAGUCUCCAUACCACAAAAAGAUUACAAAGGCUUUGCUGGGUGUGGAAAACUCUUUCAAGGUCGAAGCUGCAGUGGCGAUCAACAUGUUUGUGAGCAGCCUUUACAGAGAAGGUGUGUUCAUUCCAAGUGACAAGGCUGAGAGAAUAGGAAGUGCGGGGCUUCUGUUUCUCCGUUUGUAUGCUGAGUUGGCCCGUAUCACAUACGAUAGGACUUUCUUGGCAGUGCGCACCGCGUUGAAUGACGCUGUG